UACGCUAUCAACGUCACUACACGGGUAGAAGGUGUUCUCGAGAAAGUGGGGAGUUUGUAUAAAGCUCUCAACAACCCCCACCUGUCUUGUCUGCAUCAAUUGAAGCUCAUCCUUCUGCGUUUAUUCUACACAUCCCUCUGCAGUCGUAAUCAUCCACAAAUAUGACCACCAAAGCAAACACCGAUAAGCCCCACUCUCACCAUGCUCUCCCUAAAGAGAUCCCAACCGAGGAUCAUCUAAGAAAUGUUGCAGCUCCUGGCAUCUCAUACUUCACACCUCUCCAGGACCCACCAGCUGGUACCGCGCUUGGAAUGACGGAUGGUAGCUCCAAAAUUCCCAAGCUCUUCAGUCCACUCAAGAUCCGUGGUCUUCAGAUCCAGAAUCGCAUUGCGCUAUCACCACUGUGUCAAUACUCAUCUCAGGACGGCCAUGCCACAGACUGGCAACUCACUCAUUUGGGCGGUAUCCUCCAACGCGGUCCCGGUUUGACUAUGGUCGAAGCUACUGCAGUUCAGUUCAAUGGCCGCAUUACUCCUGAGGACGUUGGUCUGUGGAAGGACUCUCAAAAGGAACCCCUUCGCAGAAUUGUUGAGUUUGCGCACGGCCAAAACCAAAAGAUCGGUAUUCAGCUUGCUCACGCUGGACGCAAAGCUAGUACAGUUGCCCCCUGGCUGAGCAAGGGAGAUAUUGCAGGCAAAGACUUGAAUGGCUGGCCUGAUAACGUACAUGCGCCUUCUGCCAUUGCUUUCAACAACAACCACUGCCAGCCUAAGGAGAUGACCCUGGACGACAUCGAGCAGUUGAAGAAAGACUUCAAGGCUGCUAUUGAACGCGCUAUCUCGGUUGGAUUUGACUUCAUUGAGAUCCACAAUGCCCAUGGCUACCUUCUUCAUUCUUUCCUGUCGCCCGCAUCAAACAAGCGGACCGAUAAGUACGGCGGGUCGUUUGAGAACCGCGUCCGUCUGACUCUCGAGCUUGUUGAACUGGCUCGCGAAACUCUGCCUCAGGAAAUGCCCCUCUUCCUCCGCAUCAGCGCCACUGACUGGCUGGAAGAGGCCGGAAUCGAAGGCUGGACUGUUGAGGACACCGUCAGACUCUCCGUGCAACUCGCGGAGAAGGGUGUUGACCUUCUUGAUGUGUCAUCUGGCGGUCUGCAUGAAGCCCAGCACAUUCACGGCGGUCCUGGCUACCAAGAGCCUUUCGCUAAGGCCGUCAAAGACAAAGUCGGUGACAAGAUGCUUGUCGGUACUGUCGGCUCCAUUACCAAUGGAAAGCAGGCCAAUGGCUAUCUUGAGGACGACAACCUCGAUGUCGUAUUCAUUGGUCGCAUGUUUCAGAAGAAUCCUGGUCUAGUCUGGCAAUUUGCUGACGACCUCGGCGUAGAGGGCCGAUGGGCAAACCAAAUCCGCUGGGGGUUCGGCGGAAGAGGAAAGAAGUAGAGCCGGAGAGCAUUUGCUCACAUUACUUUGUUUGGAUAGCACACGAAAGACUAGAUACCAUAGACAUAGCUACCAUAGAUCUCGAAAUCCAUGGGUAUAUACCAAAGGGGUUAUGCAUGGAUGUUCGAAUUCAUGGCUGUGCAAGCUAAGGUUGCCAGUCGCCGAAGCCGCUGAUUGGCCACCGUGGUGACGUCACGAUGUUAGGUCGGUACCCAGAUCGAUUGAUGUUGCCAGGUUAUGUCAGACCCGGCAACUGUAGACCUCCUGUUAAGACCUUUGUCUCUACUCCUGACCACAUAACAAGCACGUUCAUCUGCAUUCCAGCACCAACGUGUUCUCUGCAUAUCUCUUCUUCGACCCUCCGACGCUCAAGCGAUUAACAUCGGAUCAUGGGGCUUCUCGGAG